GACGUGGUCGCCUAAAUGACGUUUUACACUGUUUCUCUUUGGUCAACAUUCAUACGAAAAUCUUUAGCUAGCUAUCAACCCUCGACCACUGGUUCUACCAGUAAGGUUAGUUAAUAGUUACUUGUUAAAAAUGUAUGUUUUCCCCUAGCGAUUUAGCUUGCACACUAAAGGAAACGAUAUGGGUCAUUUUCAAAUGAGCUGAAAACGUGCAGAAUCGUAUUGAGAUAGACUACUUCUAAGUCCCGAUUGGAGAAGGGCUCUUCCAGUGGAGCAGCCUGGAGUGAGUGACCACCAUGGGCCGUCUGGACGAUGCUGCCAAGCGCAAGGUGGUGGAGCUGCGGCAGGCGGGUCUGAGCUUCCGCAAGAUCAAGGCGGUGCUGGAGCUGGAGAACAUCCGGGUGUCUGCCCAAGCCAUUUACCUGUACCUCAAGGAGUUCCAGAGGAAGAAGGUUCAGAGGGGUGGUGAAAGUGCUGCAGCCACAGACCCACAGACCACACCUGGGGUUGGAGCAGGGAGGGGAGAUGGUGGAAGCCGGGAGGGCUGGAACGACCAGCAAAUACGGAAUCUACUGAGGGAGGCGUCACGCCACGCAGGCUAUGUUGCAGCGUCAGAGUUCGCCAAGCAGUGUCCUGGCUCCAAUCCUCCUGAGGUCAGGGGUCAGGGGCCGUCUGGGACAGGAAGCGAAGGCGCCAGCAGAGGACAGAGCAACAGGACAGAGAAACCGGAGGAAGGGAACAAGAAGGAGGAUGAGGAUAAGGACAUCCAGAUUGUCAGUGUCACAUCAUUGGCUCAGAACUCUCAACAGAGAGGUCUUCCACCCGCAGGAGCAGCGGCUGUGACUGUGACAGGCGCCUACAUGCGUAAGAGAGCCACGCCCUCGCCAGCUACUAACCCCAUACUGGCAGCACGCAAAAGGCUUCUGGAUAAGGCUUUGUCUCAUAGAGCAAAGAUAAGAGACUCUUCUUAUCAGUCCUACCAGCAAGUAGCAGCUCUGCUGAGAAGAGAACAGUCUAAUGCUUCUGGUUCUGAUGUUCAGAGACCUGUGGCAGCAGAUCAACCACAGUCCUAUGACCCAGUCACUCAGAGGCUUACUCAAGUGAGGAAUUUGGAUGGCCAGCAAGGAGGCAGUGUUCCCAGACAGAUGUUCCAGCAGAGAGUCGGUGGCCAAGCUGUCCGCUCCCCACACCCUGCUCCUCCCCGUGUGGGCAUCCGGCUCCCCAACCCCCCACCACCACCCACCUCCCAGGGUAGUAGCCCUGUCAUCCGCCUCCAAAGCCCUGGGAGCCAGGGCAUGAACCAGGGCCUUCUCAGGAGAGACAGGAACCCCAGCCCUCAGCAGGCAGCUCACCAGGAGGCUGGAGGGAGAAGCGGGGGAGGGGGUGGUGGAGGUGGGGGUCUCCAGGAGCAGGUCCAGACCCUGGGCUCUGAGAUCCACAGCCUGAGCCUGGCGGUGCGCAUGCUGGUGGAGCAGCAGUACCGGCUGGAGAGGGAGCAGGUCCAGCAGACCCAGGUCCAGAAGCAGAUUCUCAGCACCCUGCAGACCCUAGCCUCCAGACUGGAGGCACCCUGUACCAGCCUUCACCAGCAGCGACAGCAUCCCAAAACUCCCCCACCCCCGGUCUUACCUGCCUCAGGCUCUGCCUCCUACUGCCAGGACACAUUCCCCUUCAGCCAAGGAGGGUAUGCUCAGUGCAGCCAGGCCCAGCCCAGCUACAACGGGAUGGACAGCUCCAGUCUGGAGACCAUAGAGACCUUCAAACUGUCCAGACAGAGCCCCCAUGGCAUCAACGGCUUCCAGACGGGCAGCAGCAGUAGUACCACCGAUAGCCUCCUGCUCACACACACCCCUACAUACACGCUGGCGCACACACAGCCUUACUCGUCAGCCUACACACAGCAGCCACACACUCAAACACACAUGCCCUCAUGCACACAGUCUUACGCCACCACUUACACACAGUCCUAUAGAGGAACAGACAGUACAGACGGUCCCAGCACCAGCACAGAGGGAGCUCUCCAGGACUGCAUGGUCCCCACCCAGGCCUCUGUUGACCUGGACUCAGACAUCACAGUCUCCCCACAAGAAACCCAGCUCAACAUCAUUAAAGUGGAGGCACUCUAACAUGCUGACCAGACCGUGCGUGCGCCAUCGUGGGCAUGUUGAUUUUGUCCACCCACACCAGACGCAAUCAGGGCACGCAGGUUGAAAUAUGAAAACAAACUCUGAACCAACUAUAUUCACUAUAUUCAGACUUAUAGGGACAGUUUUCUAGACACAGAUUAAGCCUAGUCCGAGACUUAAAAGCAUGUUCAAUGUAUAAUGGAAAUUCUGGAAAAGGUGCUUUAGUCCAGAACUAUGCUUAAAUUGGUGUCUAGGAAACCAACCCAUAUAGGGUUCAGUUCCAUAGUUUAAAUCCAAAGUAGCUUCUGCUCUGUUCACAUUUGUACAUUUAAUUAUCCACUACCUCUCCUUUAGCCAAAUGUUUCAGUACAUGUUAUGUCUUGGGUUUUUAAGGGAUUUCUUAUGUUUUUGAAGUAUGUGUCAUUAUUUUUAGAACCGUGAAUAUCCCCAUAGAAAUGAAUACCACUUCAUUGUC